AUGCCUUUCAUUCAUAGUUCAUCCCCCGAGGCUCUGCCCUCAUCCCUCGAUGUGUUUGGCGGGACGCCUCACCAAGUGGGGGAGGAGAAAAGUCAGCUCAUGGAGUUUAGGGCUACAGCGUCCAAUCUCGACGCCAGCACCAUCACGGUCGACAUUCAGGGUGUAGGUCAUGGAUACGGCGACGCUGCUCUCCUGUAUCUCUACACAAAACAAAAAAUUGUGAAUGGUGACGGUAAAGAUAUUACGGAUGCUGAUGGGAGCGACGCGACAGUUGUCAACUACCCGUUGGGGGCCAUGUGGUCACAAAUCGACUGCAGCAUGAACGGCACGGUCAUUUCCCAGAGUAGUAUGACGUAUGGUUAUCGUUCCUACAUCGAGACCAAACUGAAUUACGGCAGGGGGGCCAAAGAGACCCAUCUGCAACAACGCAUGUGGUAUGAGGACACGGCAGGGUUCUAUGACUCACUCAAUAGUGAGCAAAACCUAGGCCUUGCUUGGCGUCGAUCUCGCACCAAAAACAGCAAGGUUUUUGAGCUCUUCGGCCCCCUCCACAUCAAUCUGUGUAAUUCUGACCGUCUCAUACUCAACAACGUGACGAUCAGCCUAAAAGCCACUCGGAGCCGCGACGACUUUGUGAUCAUGUCCACCAAAGGAACUGAAAAACUUAAGCUCCUGGACUUUAAGGUCGUGAUGAGAAGGGUGACCGUAUCCCCCUCCGUGAUGCUCGCCCACGCCCAAGUACUAGAGAAGGCUCACGCCAAGUACCCGCUCACUCGUGUCGAUAUCAAAACCAUCACGAUAGCGAAGGGUUUGAGGGAUAAAACGGUGGACAACCUCUUCCUUAAUCAAAUGCCCCAAAGAGUCAUCAUAGGUUUCGUUGACAAUAAGGCGUUCAAUGGAGAUUAUAAACUUAAUCCAUUUAACUUCCACCACUUUAAUCUAAACUUCCUCCAACUCCACGUGGAUGGCAUGCCCGUCCCGGCCCAACCCCUGACUCCUGACUUUUCUGCCGGUUUGUACAUUGAAGCGUACAACACCCUUUUUAGUGCCACGGGGAUUCACUGGAAAGAUGACGGGAAUCACAUACCGUUCGCAGACUAUCCCCGGGGCUCGACCCUGUUUGCGUUCGACCUGACCCCUGACCUCUCUGCUAGCAUGCCGCACUGGAAUCUGCAAAGACAUGGUUCACUGCGUCUCGAUAUGCGAUUCGCCGACGCUCUGCCCGAUGCUAUAAAUUGCGUGGUCUACGCCGAAUUCCAGAACUUGAUCGAGAUCGAUAAAGAUCGCAACGUCAUUGUCGACUACAACGUCUAA